AUGAAGGCAACUAUCAUCUUCCUCUUGGUUGCACAAGUUUCCUGGGCUGGACCGUUUCAACAGAAAGGCUUAUUUGACUUUAUGCUGGAAGAUGAGGCUUCUGGGAUCGGCCCGGACGACCGCUUCCAUGAAGUUCCUGAGUUAGAGCCUAUGGGCCCAGUCUGCCCCUUCCGUUGCCAGUGCCACCUGCGAGUUGUCCAGUGUUCUGAUCUGGGUCUGGAGGCAGUGCCAAAAGACCUUCCUCCCGAUACUGCGCUGCUGGACCUGCAAAACAACAAAAUAACUGAGAUCAAAGAUGGAGACUUUAAGAACCUGAAGAACCUUCAUACACUGAUUCUCAUCAACAACAAAAUUAGCAAAAUCAGCCCUGGGGCAUUUGCCCCUUUGGUGAAAUUGGAACGACUUUAUCUGUCCAAGAAUCAACUGAAGGAAUUGCCAGAGAAAAUGCCCAAAACUCUUCAGGAGCUGCGUGUCCACGAGAAUGAGAUCACCAAAGUGCGAAAGUCUGUGUUCAAUGGAUUGAACCAGAUGAUCGUCGUAGAACUUGGCACCAACCCGCUGAAGAGUUCAGGCAUUGAAAAUGGAGCCUUUCAGGGAAUGAAGAAGCUCUCCUACAUCCGCAUUGCUGACACUAAUAUAACCACCAUCCCUCAAGGUCUUCCUCCUUCCCUUACUGAAUUACAUCUCGAUGGCAACAAAAUCACCAAAGUUGAUGCAGCUAGCCUGAAAGGACUGAAUAAUUUGGCUAAGUUGGGACUGAGUUUCAACAGCAUCUCUGCUGUUGACAAUGGCUCUUUGGCCAACACUCCUCAUUUGAGGGAACUUCAUUUGAACAACAACAAGCUUGUCAAAGUGCCUGGUGGGCUGGCCGAUCAUAAGUACAUCCAGGUUGUCUACCUUCACAACAACAAUAUCUCUGUAAUCGGCUCUAAUGACUUCUGCCCACCUGGAUACAACACCAAAAAGGCUUCUUAUUCAGGAGUGAGCCUUUUCAGCAACCCAGUCCAAUACUGGGAGAUCCAGCCAUCCACCUUCCGAUGUGUUUACGUGCGUGCUGCCGUUCAGCUUGGAAACUACAAGUAG